AGAUUCGCGACUAGUACCAUAUCGAUAACGAAUAGAAAAAAAAAUCGCAACAUUAAAGCGUGAGUCUACCGUUGUGCGCGAUUACCCGGUGGUACCAAUACGUCUAACACAUUGCCUUGUCAGCAUUUUGCACCUCCAUCGGCGACAGCUUCGAGUGCCUGUUCAUUCAGUACCAGCUAGAAUAUACAUCAGGUGGGAUCGUUAACUCAGUGAUUACAGUAUAGUUUGGAUUGAAAUGUCGCGUGUUUCUUUCGAGCAAUUUCAAGUGCAACGUGCAGAGUUCAUCAACCAGGAAGAAAACCGUGCUCUUGGAUCCGAUGUAGUUCUGAAUGAAGAUGAACAGAAAGUAAAUAGUCAUAUAAUGAAGCUGAAAAAAGCUGAAUUGGAUGUUGGAUUUAAAACACCACGGGAUUUUACACCUGCAAGACAUUUCUUCCAGGCGCUGGAUAAAAUCAAAGCAUCUCCUCUGUUUCAACUAAUCCAAAAAAUGCCUAAAGGAGCAAUCCUUCAUGCGCACGAUACGGCGAUCGGCAGUAUGGAAACAAUAGUGAAAGCCACCCACAAAGACCACCUGUGGCAGAACGGUGACUUCGAUCGACCAGAUCCACCAAAGUUCCAGUUUUCCAAAUCCAAACCCAAUCCGCUCAAUGGUUCCGAAUGGCGGUCGGUGGCCGCGAUCCGCAGAGAAAUCGGGAAUGAGGGCUAUAAUAACAACAUUCGAAAUUUAUUCAGCCUCUACCACGCGGAUCCAGUGAAUGCUUACCAAUGCAUUAAUCAAAUUUGGGGUACAUUUUCUAACAUUUUUAUAUCACUUGAACCGAUCGUUACCUACAAACCCGUUUGGGAAGAAUACUUUUACCAAUCGCUUGAAGAACUGUACGCGGAUAACGUUAGCUAUCUGGAGUUUCGUGGGGUCUUACCGCCAGUAUACGAUCUCGAAAAUCAUACCUAUGGACCCGAAGAAAUAGUCCAGAUAUACUACGACCUGUCGGAAAAGUUCAAGAAAACGCACCCGGACUUCAUUGGCGUAAAGUUUAUAUAUGCCCCCCAUCGGCUGGGUGAUGAUGAUGCAUUCAAAGGGUAUAUGGAUAUUGCUGAAAGUUUGCACAAAAAGUUCCCAGCGUUCGUGGCCGGGUUCGAUCUAGUUGGACAGGAGGAUCUGGGCAGACCGCAUGUCGAUUUCAACGAGCGACUACUUAAAAUGAGCCCAGCCAUACAGUUUUUCUUCCAUGCAGGGGAAACGAACUGGAACUAUGGUACGGAUGAGAAUUUGAUCGACGCCAUACUGCUGGGAACGAAACGAAUCGGUCACGGCUUCGCCGCCAUCAAACAUCCCCGGGUGCUAGAGGAAAUAAAAAAGCGAAACAUUUGCAUCGAACUGAACCCGAUCUCCAACCAGGUGCUGAAGCUGGUCGACGACUUCCGAAAUCAUCCGGGCUCGUACUAUUUCUCCGACAACUACCCGGUAGUGAUCUCAUCGGAUGAUCCAGCUUUCUGGUGUGCCUCGCCACUAUCCCACGACUUCUACAUCGCGUUUCUCGGGUUGGCUUCAGCCCGGCAGGACCUACGGCUGUUGAAGAAACUUGCCCUGAAUUCCAUAGAAUAUAGUGCCAUGAGCAAGGCGGAGAAGGUCGAAGCGAAGCACAAGUGGAAUAUCGCAUGGAACAACUUUAUCGACCAAACCAUUAAAUCGAUUGCGGAAUAGGUGCGGCAAUCUUCCAACAUGUCAGUAUUGGUGGGGCAGCGUCACCGCUUAGCGUAACCAGCAACGGUAUCUCAAACAUCGGUGCUAGUGCGUUGUGGGUGUCGGAGAUAAAGUACUCAUCUAGGGUACACAUUCUUGCGCUGAACAGCGAUGAAUUCAUUGUUAUCGGAGCCUAUCUAUCUUAUCAAAUAAGCAAUAAAUCAUGGGAACGACA